UUCGGUUUUCCGGAUUCUCGAAAAAUUCUUGGAAAUUUUGACAAUGCCACCUCUUUACCGAUCAUAUUCUCCUGUUCUCCUAAUACUUUUUCGGUUUUCCGGAUUCUCGAAAAAUUCUUGGAAUUUUAGAUAGUGCCACCUCCUUGCUGAUCAUGUUCUUCUGAUACUUUCUUAGUUUUCGAGAUUCUCCGUUUUCGCGAUUUAAAGUUUGCAAUUCUUGGAAUUCCAAUUCUUGGAAAUGCUGAAAAAUUCUUGGAAUUUUAGAUAGUGCCACCUCCUUGCUGAUCAUGUUCUCCUGAUACUUUCUCAGUUUUCGGGAUACUCGAUUGGAAAUCCGAGAAUUGCAAACUGCAAAUCGCGAAAAUCGAGAAUCCCGAAAACUGAUAAAGUAUCAAGAUAACAUGAUCAGCAAGGAGGUGGCACUAUCUAAACUUCCAAGAAUUUUUCAGCAUUUCCAAGAGUUUACAAGAAAUAUACAAAGAAAUCGUAUGUGUUUUUUUUUUAAAUAAUGACAAAGAAUGAAACGAUUGAAUGUGUUUGCCGAAGUCGAGCCACAGAUAUGGAUCUGCUAUAAAAAGGGCGUGAAAAUUGUUGUUCUCCAUCCCAGUUCCGUUUCUGAUCUGGCCCGAGUUAAUUAUCGAUCAUGCUGCCAUUCAUUUUCUUGGUGGUCGGCGUUCUUGCGCAGCGUAAGUAUACAGUAAUAUUUUCUAAUUACUUUCUCCUCCAUUAUCUUUCGUCGCCGAUGAAUACGUCUUGCUCAUCCGAUCGCACACACCGCCGCUCGUUCUGCAAGGAAUGCGUAUUUAUUGUAUAUCGUCGACUUGCAGAGACGUUCGCUGAGGAACCCGAACCGAUCGUCGGUGGCCAGGAUGCCGUACCAGGCGAAUUCCCGCAUCAAGUUUCCCUGAGGUAUCAGGGCAGUCACGUUUGCGGUGGUUCCAUUAUCGGCCAGUACAAGAUCCUGACCGCUGCACAUUGCGUGGACUUCGUAAAAUCAACCAGAAGUUUAAAGAUUGCCACCGGCACCGUCCUGGUCAAUGGAGGUCAGCUCCAUGAUGUGUCGAAAAUUGUCAUUCAUCCGGAGUAUUCCGAUAGGGCCGAAGAUGCUUGGGUGAAUGACGUCGCGGUGAUCACGCUCUCGACGCCGAUUCAAUACAACCAGUUGCAAGCUCCGAUCGCUCUGGCCACCUCUCAGCCGAAAGCCGGACAGCAAUGUACCCUAUCCGGAUGGGGCCAGAUCAGUACGAAUGGACCGCUCCCGCGCACUCUUCAAAAGAUGAAUCAGUCCGUGGUGACGCUGGCUCAUUGUCAGGAACGCCACUAUGAUAUGCCCUUGACUAAUAACCAUUUGUGCGCAUACAAUCGCUAUGGAAUUGGCGCUUGUAGCGGUGACAGCGGCGGCCCGCUCAUCAGCAACGGCGUGCAGGUUGGUAUUACUUCUUGGGUUCUUCCUUGCGCCAAGGGUGAGCCUGAUGCCUACACCAGUGUCUACCACCAUCUCAACUUUAUCCGAUCAAACUAAGAAACUGCGUAAAGACUAUCUGCAAGACGUAAACGGCGUAGACCUGUCGACUCACGUCAAUUGGUAUCAACGUGCUGAAAGAAUACGCGAUGUCGCAGCGUACACAUCAACGAUACAUCGGCCACUUCUUUAAAAGAAAACAAAUACUUCAGUUAAUAUUUAUAACACUGGUAAAUAAAUAAAAAUUAUGAUUGAAUCCAUUGGAGUUGUUGAAUUCAACGAUAUUAGUGGAAUCUUUCCAGUCCUUUGGCAAAUAUAAAUGUAUAAUGCAGAUUACUAUCUAUCUUCAAAUUCCGCUUCCUUAACAUAAGCAUACGAAAAAUACCGUGAGAAAAUAAUCAGUAAUUUUUUGUCCUAAAACAGGCAACAUUAGAAAGCUACGACCUAAGUCUUUGACAGAAAUUAAGAUACAUUAGAACAAAUUUUUAUUCAAUAAGUUGCGUACGAUUUAUUGCCGUGGCAUCGAUAAAACGGAUUGAGUAUACAAUGUUACGGGUUUAUUAAUAAUGAUAUCAUAACUUGUGCUUCGCUGAUUCUGAAAUUGCGUACGUGUAAUAUGCGUAUGUAUAAGGUAUGCAGCUUAACAAGUCAUCAGCAGAUACUGACAAUGAAGAUAACACAAAGUGUUUAAUUAAGAAUUUAACAAAUU